AUGCCCCCAAAGCUCAAGGAUAGCCCGCGAGAGGCCUCAGAGCAUGUCCCUACAGAAAAAGGUUCCUUGCUGAACAAGUUGAAGCUUGUGGUCAAAGACUACCUCGACCGUAAAUUGGACGAGAUCCACUUGCGCAAGACAGUUGAGGAGGUUGAGAAGGCCUCCCAGCAAUACCGGACCGUGCCGAUUUCAUCACUGUCCCUAAAAGAAGUCGUCAAAGCCUUCGACCUAAAGCACGACAAAGACCGCGAACUCCAACAGGUCACAGCAAUCCCACUCCCUCCCAUCCUAGUCGGAACACUGGCCCUCAUUGAUGGGGCGUCUAGUCGCUCCCCCUCCACCGAAGCGACUACCCGCUGGAUCAUUGACGCCCUCCUUCUGAAUGCACACGGCAUCGCCUCCUCCUACCACCCCCACGCCCAGCCUAUCAACGUCCAAACUGAGAGAUCAUAUAAACAUGGUCCGGUACCUCUCAAGCGUGAAAAGGUCAUGCUCUCAGCACGUCCUGAUUAUGGAAUUUGGUACGGCGAAAAUGAGGCUAUAUGCCUCAACGUACUCAUUGUGGAGGCUAAAAAGGCCGAUAUUGAGUCCGGCGUGGCGCAAGCCCUGGGUUAUAUGGGCUGUAUACAUAGGGAGCGCAAGGCCCUCCCGAAGAGAGACUGCACUGUUUAUGGGAUGGCAUCGAAUGGGUCAGUGUUCUGGUUCCUGAAAAUCUCUAAUGACUCUAAGUGGUCUGAGCAUAUGGUGGUAGUUCGCGAUGGUUGUUUCGAGGCCCCUCUUGGCUUACUCGUCUAUAUGUUUCGCCGAGCAGCCGUUAUGUCCCCCGCCCAUUCCAAGGAAAGCUCCUACGAGACCACGAAGGCUUUGACAGUGGUCGAAGAAGAUGUUGUGAUGAAGGGUUAG